AUGGGAGGGGGCGAUGGGGGUGAUGGUGCUGGUGAUGGGGAGAUGGGGGAGAGGAGGGCAGUGGUAGCCAAUGACGUGGGUGCGACAUGUAACCGCAGAGCAGGAGAGGAAAUCGAUACACGCGCACAACCACACUACAUUCUACAAGAAAUAAUUGCUUUUGUCUGGAAGGAGCGCGGUGGGCAGGAGGGGGUGAAGGAGGGAGGGGUGGUAGAGCGCACGGACCCCCUCAGCUCAGAGAAGGGGGUCUGCGAGGGACAGUCGGUCGCUGCUCCCAAAAAAUGCGUGUGGUGCAUGGUGGCUUAUAGUAGCAGGCAGAGGAGAGGCUCGCAGAGGAAGGCCCAGGUUAUGUGGAUUCAAGGCAGAAAGGAUGAGGAGGAGGGCAGCGGGUGCAUGGAGAAGCAAGAGAAGAACGGGUCAACGCCGCUGCCAAGACUGACCAGAGGACCCAGCGCGUCCCGCCACGUUACUCGCCGAACCAAAGCAAGAACCAGCAUUACGAAGAAAACCAUGUUCGUGCCGCUGCCGGUGCCGUUCGUGUUUCAAAGAACUGCCCCUGACCUGAACGCCUGGCGACUCAAGUCUCCCCUGGCUCUGCGCUCCAAUUCGGCCCCAGCCUGCGUCUCUCCCCGACUAGACUCUCGGCAGGCUGGGAAUAUUCAUGCCAACUUAUCGAUCCUCGCGGAGAUCGAUUCCUGGGGCCGCGUGAUCACGUUUGCUUUUGGAUUUGCUCUGGCUGACGAGUGCCUCUGGAGCAUAGAAACUGCGAUUUGUAAGGUUUUCCAGGGAUUUCGGAUGCUGUCUAUCCCGCUGGUGCGCGUUGGGAAGCGUGGUUUGUGGUUUUUGGGGAUGGAUGCGAGAGAGCGAGGAAGAGGAGGAGGAGGAGGGGUAGGAGUCCACAUCGGCUGGCUGUGGGACUGCGUGGGGCUUCAGUCUGUGUUUCAUCUGCGCUGA